GAUAUAUACCAAACGGCAAAGGCUGCGAAAUUAUUAAUAUUGAUGGACAAAGGUAUUGGGCACAUGUACAAGGGUAAAAGUUUGAGUGAAAUUGACAUUAACCCAGAAGUAGAUGAAGCAGAUUCUGAUAAAAGUGAGGACGAAACGCCGUUGGCAAAUGAAAUUAAUGAUGUCGUUACCAAUAAUUUUAUAGAAGACACUACUCCACAACCAUGUUCCUCUGUCAGUGCAAAGCAAGCUAGCAAACUAACUGGUAGAACACCAUGGACUACAGAGCAAAUUGGGGUUGUUACACAUUAUUUCAAAACACAUAUCAAGGAAAAGAAAGCACCGAAAAAGCAUGAAUGUGAACAAAUAUCCACAUUUAUUAAGAAAUAAGGAUUGGACUCGUGUAAAAACCCAUACAUAUUGUAAUAAAUAAUAAGAAUUUAUUAUAACCUCUUCUGCAAUGCAUAAGGUAC